CAGAUUGUUCAUCUACUAUCAUCAUCCUCAUCAUCUAAUUAAUUACUCUUUGGUAAAGUAAUAUUAUUCUAAAUUAUUGAUUAAUUGAUUCGGUGUUUUCUCAUUUAUUUGUGUUCUGUUAAUUGUUGACAGUGUCUUUGUCUUGUUGUUGUUUUAAUUUCUUUUCUCUUACCAUUGAAAGAGAAAAUAAUUUUCUUCUAAAAAAAAAAAAAGAAAAUAGAAUAUAACAAAUAUGGAAGUUGAUCUUUUAACUGCAUCAGUUUGUGUCUCCGUGGCCCUUGUCUCAGCUGCAUUUGUCUACCUUGGUUCUGUUUUUAUUAUAAAGGAGAAAACUUAUGAUGAAGCAAUUGAAGAAAGGAAACAAACCUUAUUAAAUUUUGGUGAAAGUAAAGGCGGUGGUGGUGGUGGUAAGAAAAAUGAUUCCAAAUCAAAGAAAGAUAAAAAGGAUAAGGAUAAAGAGAAGAAGAAGAAAAAAAAUGAUGACGUAAAAAGUAAUGUCAGUGGUCCUGUCACUGCCCCUGUUACCUUACCUGUCACAGUUGCUGUUGCCGAUACUGUUUCUGGUACUAUCUUAGGAUCUUCAGUUAAUAUCCCCGCACCAGUACCGGUUAAUAAGGUAGCAAAUAAAACUGCUGCUAAUAAAUUGGUUACUAAAUCGAUUGAUAAAACUGAAUCAUUGAAAUCUGUUGGUGGUGCUGAGGGUUUACCUGCCCGAGGUCCAACCAAUCCACCACACUCAAAAGGUACAUCAACUGGAUCAUCUGUUGGUGUUACCAAAGCCGAAACUAGUACUGUCAGUGAACCCAUUGUUGUAGCUUCUCUUGCAACGGUCAGUGGCUCUGUUGCCGGUGGAAAUGUUUCCUCAGCUACCGGUGGAUCAGGAGGAGGAGGAGCAGCAGCAUCAGCAUCAGCAGGGGGGAAGAAUAGACCCACCUCAAAAUCUAAAGGCUCUCACAAGAAUGGUUCUGAUGUUUUAGACUCUGGUUUGUCCACUAAAAAACUGAUUGAUCAGGUUAGCAAUCAUCCAUUUGAUGCUGAGGAAAUUCAACUUUUGAUCAAUGUUCUACUUAGUCGACAAACUGAUGGAUCAAACCAAUGGAAAAAGAAACAUGAUCCAAUGGAAGCUGUUAAAGAACAAUUACAUGAAAAAGAACAAGAAGUUGCCACAUUAUCACAGAAUCUUCAAGCAACCCGAACUCGUAUGAAGGAGAUUCGUUUAGAUUUGGAACGUGAGAAAAGUACUCAUGCUAUGACCAAAGAGAAAUUAUCUCAACAUGGAACCGAGAUGAAUAAUUUGAGAAACUCUUUACAACAGGUUAUUGAACAGCAAAGGUUAGAGGUUAAAAUUUUACAAAACAAAUUGAAAGAUCACGAUGCUGACCUUCAAAAUCGUCAUAUGGCAAUGCAAAGGAUGGAAAAAGAAAACGUUAACCUACAACUUGCCCUACAACAAAUGGAUGCCCAAAAAGCUAAUCUGGAAAAUAUUCCUUUACUUCACAAUGAGAUUGAUCGAUUGAGAGCUGAAUUAGCUCAAACUGAACAUCAUUCGCAAGCUAUUCAACAGACCAACGAUGAGCUUCUUCGUAACAUCGAUAAACUAUCAGAACAAAUUCAAACUCUAUCCACAUCUAAACAGAAUGAGGAGUAUUCCCUUAAAAAGAAACUAAAUGAAUUACUUGAACAAUUAAGGCAACAUGAUUCGAGUAAAGCUGCUCUAUUAGAUGAUUACAAAUCAUCUGUCGAUAAAUGUAAACAAAUUGAACAGGAGAAACAAAUGAUGGAGAAAAAAAGUGAAGAUGAAUUAAAUAAUCUACGAGAUAAAAUUCGUGAAUUGGAACGUGAAAAGGAUCGUCUACAAGAAGCUUCAAAUAACAAGGCUUCAUCAGAUGAAGAGAAAGAUGGUAUCAUCUCUCGUCUCAAAGAUGAGAUUAAUAACUUAAACAAUACAAGAGGAAAAAUGGAGGAAGAGCUAAACCGAGUUAAUAAGACUGUUGAUACAAUUAAAGAGGAAUUGGAACAAGUAAAGAAAGAGAGUCAAGUUAAAGUUAAUGAAGCUUUUACUAAAUCACAAGCAUCUUUUGAGGAGCAGCUCAAAAAAGAAUUGGAAAAAGUGAACACAGACAAAGAGAGCUUAAAGAAUCAAAUUGCUGAUUUAAGUAAAGUUAAAUUAUCACUUGAAGAUGAGAUGAAACAAUUACGAAAAUCAUUACACUCAUUUAACCAACAAGAAGAUGAAAAUAUUAUUAAUAUUGUGGACAAAUUAACCCUCGAAGUAUGUGACCUGCGAAAACAGAAAGAGGAUAAUUCACAGAAUGAAUUAUUAGAGAAAGAAAUAUCUUCUCUAAAAGGUAAUUUAAAAUUGGAACAAGAGAAACUAGAAAAAGCUCAAGCAGAGGCUGAUAAAUUUAAAGAUGCUCUAAGUAAAACAGAUGAUUACCUAAAGGAGUUAGAGCAAAAAUCAAAAGAGGCAUUUGAACAAUCAACAAGUGCAACGAAAGAGUGUCAACGACUACAAGAGUUAACCACUAAAUUGGAGGUUGAUAAAAGCGCUCUUGAAAGUAAACUCUCCCAAGUGGAUAAUCUGAAAGAGACUAUUAAACAACUUCAAGCCAAAAAUGAUGAGCUUCAAGCAAAAUUAGAUGAUAAUAAUAGUAAUAGUAACAUUAAAAGUAAAGUAGUGGAGGUGAUACAUGAAGAGAUACCCACUCAAGAAAAUGGCAAAGAGGAAACAAACGGUAAAAUGGGAGGCGGUGGUGUUGGUGUUGGUGUCGGUGGUGAUGAUGCUAAUGAAGAAACCGAUAUGAAUAAUGAUGAGCUUGAUUUUUUUACCAAAUUGUUACUAAUUCUGUUAACGAUUUAGAAAGUUGUUCUCUGCUGCUGGUGAUUAACGAAUCUUCCAAAUCCUGACAAUUAAACUAACCCUCUCCUUCCCUUUGGUACUAACAAAGAAAAGAGAGAGAGAAAAAGUGAUUAUGUUUAACAACCCAAUUACUAACCUUACUAAUCCUUAAAACUUGGUUGGGAACAAUUAAAAACGAUUCGAGGGAUUAGUAGGUAAAUCAGGUCAGGUUAACAUCUAUAUGAAAACAACAUCCUCUUCUUAAAUUAUAAUCACGGUUGAUAUCAAAUAUUAUUCCGACCUUUUAAACGGCGGCCCAGUUAUUUCGGAAUCGAUGUUGUCCAUCAAUUAAAACAAUAAAAUAAACAAUCAACAUUUCUACCUUUCAUCUACUUCUCUCAAGAAAUCCAAAAAGAAGAGUCCGAAAUGGAAGAAGUGGGUUGGAAAAAUCAGCUCUUAAGAAUGAAUUUCAACACUUUGCAUGCUAAGGAGACUAUCUUUUUGUAUUUAUCUGUGAUCUAUUCAGCUCUCCCAAUCUAUUGAAACAACAACCUUUAUAAUAACCUCAAGAGCAGAGGUUGAAAACUCCUUAUGUAAAAAAAAGAUAUUACUAUUAAUGCCUAUCGUUGGUUUAUUUAUAUCAUCAUCAUCAUCUUCAUCACCACCACCAAAAUGAUCAUCAGUAUUUUCUCAAUGUUAAUUUUCACCAGGUUGUUAUUACCAAAAAGAAAAGCGAAAAUGAAACAAGAACGGAUUAGGAAAAAUCAAUGGAAACAAUAAUUAAACUUACAUUUUGAUGGCAUUUAAUUUUCUCCCUUUUGAUUUUGGAUUGAGAAGAUGGAUUCUAUUUUCGUUUACUAUUUAUAUCACAAUUUAAAGAUCUUGGAGCGAAGAGAAAAGUAAAUUAAAACUGAAACAUUGACUUCGGAUGGAUGAAAAUCACUGUGCAACUAAAAACAAUUCUCGUUCCUAAAUCGAAUUGAUUUUUCCCCUUCCAGCUCAAUUUAAUCUCCAGCAUUUACAUUAUAAUACAUGGAAAUGUAAACAUACAAGUUAAAAAAAAAGGUUCUCUCGUUUAUGGAUCAUCAUAUCUUCACCCAUAGUUCAUCAAUCAACUAAUCAUCAUCAUUACCAAAACACUCACCCAGAUGAUCACACAACAACAACAACAAUAGAAAACACAACAAACUGUUGAUUUCAUUCCCGAUUCUUAAGAGAGAGAGAGAUAGAGUGAGAAGAGACAACAAUUAAUUGCAUUUACUCAUCUCUUCAUCAACUACAAUUCUGUCUCUCUCUCUCUCUAUCAAAUAUAACAUGGAAAAAGCAAAAAAAAAAUCAAUUAUAAUGAAAAAAUUAAGAGGAAAACAAAUUUAUUGAUAAUUAACAAUUAUAAUUAACUACAAUUUCUACAAUAUCGACCAAAUAAGCAUGGGGCCAAUCAAGGACGAUUUGAUAUUUGUUAUCAACCAAACAACGAAAAAAAAAUUAAAUUAAUCACAAUUGAGAAAAUAAUGAAAAAAAAAAUGUUUUUAACUUGUUUUGAAAUGUAAUCAAGUUUAUAUAUAUGAAUAUAAAGCAAAUUAAUUAUUUCAUGA